ACUAAGUAGCACUUACUGGAGUGAGUUCAGUUAUCGUUGGGACACGACGUGUCUUGUUUCAUUGGUCCGAACUUAUUGUUUUGGUCAUGAGAAUUCAGAUUUCUUUAAUUUGCUUGUGGGUCUGUAUUGCCCUAAGCCAAGGGCUUUAUGUACCUCAUAGCACGAGCACAUCUCAAUACAUUCAUAGCAACGAUACAAUUGUUUUAAGUUUGGACCCAUCGAAACACAAUAGCCUGCAUGGACCUGUAGGUUCCAUGCAGACCCUGAACUUUGUUCUCAUCAACAGGGACAGUGAUGGACAUUUCACAUUCAGCCAAAGCAGCGAUGAUGGUUUUGAAGGACGUUUUGAAAAUGGAGAUAGUGCAUAUUUGUCCAGUGGACAGCAGCAAAGUAUUGUUGUGUCGAAUUUGAGGGUUCCCAACCGUCCAGAGGGAGCUAAGGUCCGCUUGUCUAUUACGGUUACCAGAGAUUCUGGGUUAAGCAAACGGGAAGCUCCGCCACCGAAUGGUGCCCAAGUUGGAGGAGGUUCCAGCGUUGGAGGGGGCCAGAGUAACUAUCCGAACGGCAAUAAUAACAACAACAACAACAACAAUGACUAUAACAACAAUAAUAAUAAUAAUUACCCUGGUGGCAACUAUCCUGGUGGCAACUAUCCUGGUGGCAACUAUCCUGGUGGCAACUAUCCUGGUAGCAACUAUCCUGGUGGCAACUAUCCUGGCAACAACUACAAUCCCAACGAUCCCAGCCGACGUCGUCAAUUAGUCAUCACUGUGGAGUUUACUGUGACUGAAGAUUUGAGGGACACGAGCAAGCCUUGGACUCAACUUACCUAUGGUGCCCAAACUGAAGAGGAUACGUGUUCUUAUACCCCUGAAGAUGCUAACUGUUAUAUGGACUACUGGUGGGUUAAGUUUCAGGUUCAAGACGAGGAAUCGGGAUUGAAUACUGUCCAACUCUCUCCCAUUGGUACCGACAAAUACAACACCCCCAUCUACUACAGAUAUGAAAACUUUAAUUUGGGCACUGACAAAGAGCACGACAUCGUAGCUGCGGCUAGUUGCUGCCUAGAAGGCAUGAUUCUGCGUUUAACCGACAUAUCCGGAAAUCAAGUCGAACAUGAGGCUUACAAUUCUGGCGUGGGGAAGGAAAUGAGUCCGGGGCUCUUCUGGGGAUUGAUCGUUGGAGGAAUAGUGGUGGUUAUUGUCAUCAUUGUGGGAGUGGUCAUGUGCUGUAAAAAAUCCGGCUACAACCGUGCCAGUACAGGCUAAUAAAGGCCAAAUCAUGGAAUCCUACAACUGUGAGAAGAGGACAAUCCCUCAUUGAUUUCUCAAAAUUUGUGCUUUAUGGUGACAAUUGUAAACAUUCACUUUUUGUUUAGAAUGAGAAAGCUUUGUCCAACCGAGAUAACGACCGCAUGAGUUGCAAUGAUUCAAUCUCAAGCUCAAUCCAGAAUCAAAGAUCAUAAGCCCGUUUAGGGUAUGACAUGUUAGAGGGCAAAUAAAGCAUUAGCAGUCAAAUAA